UGUGAGUAAAAGUCAUGAAGCUGCUCUGUCUUCUUUUCCUUGUGUCUCUGUCACUUUCCACAUCAGUUUCAGUUUUCAAAAAGAACUCUUCUCUUCAGUUUGGAUACAUUACCUCACUCACUGGCUCUUUCAUAGCCAGUGGGAGCAUACCUGUUGUUGAUUUGGCAUUGAAACUCAUUAACGAGAGGAAUGACCUCCUUGAGAACUAUACAUUGGGGUAUACUGAUUUUCUGGACUCAAAAUGUUCUUAUACAAGCUCUUUGGACCAGUUCUUCAAAUUAGUGAACCGUAAUGCUACUAUUUUAGCAUUGUUGGGUUGUGGAUGCUCUACUGCUACCAUUCCAGUAGCUGAGAUUAGUCACUAUUGGAAUAUACCGCAAGUUGCCUUUGCAUCUAGCUCUCUGGCAUUAUUUGAUCGUCAUCGAUACAGGAAUUUUUUCAGAACAAUAAUAGCACAGCGCUUUAUUGGUACAGCAUUAGCACAGCUUAUGGUAGAGUUUGGAUGGAAACAAAUGGGAGUCAUAACGCAAGAUGAGGCUUUGUUUCAAAAUACAUUAGUAAGUAUUAGUACCGCCUUUAAGACACGAGGUUUGGUUCUUAAUGGAUAUGUUAUUAAAACAGGAGGUUCUUUGGAUCCUUUCUUUGCAAGAAAUGAUGCUAUGAAUUUUAGAAUAAAUAAAAUAAAUGCUUAUCCUAGUUUUAGCUAUCAAGUACUGUGUAAGGCAUAUUACAGAGGAAUGUAUGGGUCAAAGUAUGUAUGGAUCCUUCCAAUGUGGUAUGCUCCAGAUUGGUGGAAGACUGUGUCCUCUGGAAACUGCUCCUGUACUGAUGAUAUCAUGUUACAAAUGUUGAAUGGCAUCAUGGGUGUAGUUCCUGAAGGAUUUUUCCCACUUGAGAAUGAGUCAAUAGUAACUUACUCUGGCUUGACUUCAAGAAUAUUUGCUGAUCAAUAUCAUUUUCUUCUACAAGAGCCUAAGUAUGAAAAUUUAACAGAAUUAGGAAUUGCUGGACUUGCUUUUGAUGCUGUGUGGGCUAUUGCUGUUGGAUUAGACAUUGCAUCCAAGAAGAUCCUUUUUGGUAAUGAGACUGGGUGUGAAAAACUGUCCGGAGAAAUAGCACCAUUGGAAUAUUUCAACUACACUAAUAAGAAGUUAGGAUGCAUUUUGAAGCAGAGUUUCAGUGAAGUUAACUUCCUUGGAAUAACUGGUGAUAUAGCUUUCACUCUUAAUGGUAGUCGACUGGACAAUGUUAUAUUGUGUCGUCAAUAUAGAUCAUCAGGGACCACAGUUAAUAUAAUGACAUUUGGUCGUGUUACCGUAGAAUCUCAAAGAAGUAUUUUCAAAUUUUUAAAAGGAGAAUCAAACACGAGCUUGUGGAUUGGUGGGUCUCCUCCAUAUGACGGCUACCCAGUGGAUAGAUUGCAUUCAAACCAUAUUGUGCUGGUUGUCAUCUACAGCCUAACUGCAGGUUGUGGCAUUGUGUUUGCAGUGUUGUGUUUGACUUUCAACAUUGUUUAUAGUAACAAGAAAGUAUUAAUGGCAAAUAAUGCUAAAUUGAACUAUUUGAUUAUUCUUGGCUCAGCAGUAUUGUAUAUAAGUGUCUUCUUUUUCUCUUAUACUCCAUACAAUCCUAAAACACAAGAAGUCUUUUGCAAUUCACGGUCACGGCUGUUUUCUCUGGGAUACAACCUCUGUUUUGGUGUCAUUUUGUCUAGGACAUGGCGGAUCUAUUAUAUCUUUAGCAAUAUAAAAGCAAAAAAGAAAGUGGGGAUCAAAAACUGGAUGCUUUUGCUUAUAAUAAUAGGCAUUGUGCUUAUUGACCUCAUAAUUAUAUUUACUGGUAGGAUAAAGCAUGCCAUUGUAAGGGAUCAAGAGCAUCCACUUGUGGUAGAUGAUAAUGGAAGAAUAGUACACUAUUUUGUUGUCAUUUGUAAUAGCUCUAUAAUUUCGGAGUUGUUUUCAUUUGGCUAUAAAGGAAUCCUUCAACUUUGCGCCAUAUUCAUGGCCUUUCACAUGCGCAAUGUGAACGUGAAGGCUCUCAAUGAAUCAAAGGAGAUAGCUGCCAUCAUUUACAUUAACAGUAUUGUUCUGGUCAUGCUCGGUGUCACAGAAUUUGUCUUGGACCGCAGUCACAAUGCUUAUGCUGCACUGUUUGGAUUGGGCUUGCUUAUUGAUGCAACACUUUUUCUUGGGUUCACUUUUAUUCCAAAGAUUUUUAAUGUCUACUUCAAUCCUCAUGGGGGCAAAUUAUUUACUAACACUAAAAUUGGAAAAUCUAUGCAAUCAAAAGUGGCACCAGAAAGGAUUCAAGAUGAAGAUCAUUGCAAGAUUAAGAACACUAGCUGUUCUAUUGGAACUCUUCAAUAGUACUCAGUAGUAAAAUUUUAGUAGCAGAACUAGAACCAGUCAAUCAUUAGUGCUUUUUAGUUUUAGCUUUUAGUAAAAAUGUUUAGAUGUCA